AGGGAGACGAGAGGGAGACGGGGAGAGACCGGAGGGAGGAGGAGGGAGACGGGGAGGGAGAGAGACGGGGAGGGAGAGAGACGGGGAGGGAGACGGGGUGAGACCGGAGGGAGGAUCGAGCGCCUCUCGCGGCACCCAUGGCCGUGCUGCACCCCUUCGCGAAACUUCCCGAGCCGCGUACGGCCACGGUGCUGCUCGUGGGUGCCGUGGGGCCCGGGCAGAGCGCCCUCGCCGAAGCGAUGUGCCGCAUCAACUCCCCCUUCUCCAUCAACGUGCACAUCGCCUCGAAGCUGCCCCUCCCUGGGCACAACGAGCACCGGCGACCCCGCAUUGACCUCAUCCUCCUCCUCAUUGACCUCACCAGCAUCAACAGCCUGCGAGUGGUGGAGGAUUCCCUACGGCUGCUCUCCGCCUCUUUCUUCAUCGGCCGCGUGUUCUUCGCCAUCACUAAAGACAGGCCGGCGAGCGAGCUGGCGGUAGGUUUGGACGUGGUGCAGAAGCUGGCGGAAGCGCAUCACUCGGGCCUCCUGCACAUCAACCUGCAGACGGAGAGAGGGGUGCUCGCGGCCGCUCGCCGCGUGGUGCGGCUGCUCGUCGUGUGCGCCGGCCUCUGCCCGGGGCUGUCGGCCACCCGUCUCUCCGCCCUCACCUGCCCGGGACCCGUGCAGCAGCAUCCGCAGCAGCAGGCACAGCAGGCGCAGCAGGCGCAGGACAGCGAAGCGCACAGCGGCUCCUUCGUCACCGCCAGCAGCUCCGCCUGACGCGCUCCUCCUCGCGCCCGGCCGAGACCCCUGACCCGGCGAAAGUGCUACCAUCUUUUUUUUUCUUUCUAUAAUUUAGGAGUUUGUAAGGUGCAGUUACGGACGCAGUCCAUCUCCAGUAACCACACUGCGUUCACAACGUGACGCUGAAAUUAACAGUCGUUGCCCCUCCGAUAAAACGCCUCCAAUUGUUGAGCAAACUUCUGACACGUGACUUCUGUUUCGCCCUUAUUUAUCCCGAGCCCCACUUGCGCAGGCACCUUUCUCGAGUUGUGUAAAAUCCCCGUAGAAUUGCCAUCGGUUAUCAAGUCCGAGGCUGUCGAAUAAACGCGUUUAUCCAUUACAGUGGUGGGGUUAAAGCGAUUCCAGAAACAGCCGCUGGGUGGCGAGCUUUGCCCAUUUCCCCAUCUACAGCUUUACCACAACAACAGAAACACUCGAUGCCGGAUUCGGAGACGAGGCUUUCCGGUUAUGUGGGGGGGAUGUCCAACAUACGGCACAUACAUUUGAAUAAAAAUGCAAAGGUGCA